AUGGACAAAUACCUUUUGGAAAAACUGAAGAUGAAAGAAAACAACUGGCUUGGGAUCUGCAGGACUAAACCAGAGCAUUUCAUCGUCACAUGCAAACCACCUCAGAGUUCAUUGUGUCAGCUCAAAGCCUCCCUAUCUUUUGCUGAAGGAUUUUCCUCUCAUUUUGAAAAUAUACCAAGAGAACUGAUAAUGUUCUGGAGCUUUGUUCUGGAAAAGUAGAAAAUCUUACGUUUGGACUUGAUUCAUUAUCAAAGUAGCAUUAAAGAAGAACCGACAGCUGGAGAAGCUGAUGAAUACCAGAAAACAUACUGUGCUAUUUUGUUCAAAUGUAGGAAGCAGUGCUUACUCUUUCCUGUAAAGGUGAAAGAUUUUUCUAUGAACACUCCAUUUCAGCAAUAUAAUAAUUUGAACGUGGCUUUAGAAAAUUGGUACAGUGGAAACCAUGUGGUCAUUUUCCCAGGAGAAUACGAGGCUGUAAACUUAUCCCUGUGAACUAAAGACAUUAUUAUUGGACCUUAUAUCCUGAAAACAAUGCAAAAGUGCUCCUUCAGCUGCCUGUCCUUUCUGGUGUGCUGUUUUAAUGCACAUUACCUCCAGGGGAGAACAGUCACUGAAAUACAUUCUGCUAAAGCUGGCCCUUCUGCAACACGAAGGCUUGUGCUAACCAAGACAGCUGGAAAACGAGAAGAAUCCGUGAUUGUUUCCAAACCCCCUUAUGAGAGCUCUGUGGUAUCAAAAGCCCGAGAUACUAACCCAACGCACCUUAGGUCAGUACAGCGGAGAACAGUCAACGGUGUCAUGGCUGACACUGAAUCUGGCCAGGUGACUAUAGCAAAUUGUGUACGAAGGUGCAAAGGAACUGGCUUCUGGCUUACCGGGGCUUCUCUGACCAUCACAGAUAGUGAGAUUACCGGAGGACAGGGCACUGGUGUUGAGCUGUACCCAAGAAGCACAGCCAUCUUAGAGAGUUACAAAAUUCAACACUGUACCAGAACCAGUGAGACCUCACAUCACACCCACGGUGGCAUUAAUGUUAAG